CCCCAGCCCCAGGCAUUGUCUAUCCUGAUUUCUAGCAGAAAUCCUGUAAUAUCGUUGAGAUCAUAUGGCACCGAAGAAUAUGAAGAUCCUGGGCCUAGCGCUCCUCACAGUCCUCGCGGCGUCGCUCGCCCAGUUGGGCUCGGCGCAGUCGACGUCGGGCUGCACGCCGAUGCUGAUGACGCUGACCCCAUGCCUCAACUACGUCACGGGGAACUCCUCCGCGCCCUCCUCCACCUGCUGCUCGACGCUUGGCUCCAUCGUCCAGUCGCGGCCGCAGUGCCUCUGCCUGCUCCUAAACGGCGCCGGGUCGUCGCUCCGCUACAACAUCAACCAGACGCUCGCCCUUGCGCUUCCCGGCGCGUGCAGCGUGAAGACACCAUCGCCGAGCCUAUGCAACGCACUGUCUCCAUCAAGUGCUCCAACAACAAGUACUUCUGCAGACAACAACGCACCUGUUGCCCCAGCAGCAGCAUCAACCCCAACUAUUCCUUCCGGGUCAAAGACUACACCUACCACAAGUGGAAGCAAAAGCAUUGCAGUGUCUCUUGGCUCUCCGAUCUUCGCCCUCGUUUUGGCGUUAUUAGGAUCAAAUCCUCUCAAAUUCUAG